GAGCCGGGACGUAGGAGUCACAUGGCCUCCCUAAUUCGCUCCAGCUCCUCUCUCCAAUCGCCCUGACCUCUGUCAUUAGCAAGAUGGCGUUCUGGAACACUCUCGCGAGAUGCCAUGAAAUUCCAGCAGCAAAUCUGUGAGCCUGCGACCCUCCUCCAUUGGGAAAGGGGGAAAAAAAAGGGAAGACAGGGCUUGGGACGUAGUAACGGAAACAAAAACAACGAAAAAAGCCUCUACAUAUCAAUAUAAUCAAAUCAUCGGGCGAGAGCCCACGCCUCCGCUUUGCAGUUCUCAGCAAUGGUUCAGCGGGAGAAGACGAAUACCCCAAGAAGGAUCCGAAUUGCUGAAGAACAAGCCCUUAAAUAGCAGAUUUCGGGGAGUGUGGAUUUGAAUAAGAAGAGGCAGGGAAAACUUCAUUAACGAGUGCCACUGACUGGAUCCCCCCCCCUCCCAGCCGCUCUUUCUCUGGGUCGGUAGUACCAAUGGGAUCGGUGUAUCCGGUGGGGGGAACCGCAACGACUCGGGAUUGCAAGAAACGAUAAGCAACUGUAUGUGUUCACUGGUAGCCGAGUAACAUAAUUCAGUGGACCACACGAUCGUACGUAACGCUGUCGGCUGGUGGAGGCAGGCCAUGGAUUGAGCUGAGAGCAGCCGCAGGUAACUGGCAAGCGAGAGCAGAGGACCCUGUCAAAGCCGCCCAGAGCCCGUGGAAAUCCGGCUGGCUGGAACAAGUGAAGUCCGGUCGGCAUUUGGAUCAUGCAUCGGAUUGCAAGGCCCUUGUUCCAAGUUGGAUAAAGCGUAUUUCGGAAAGGGUGCGAGAAAGAAGAAUAUAUCGAUUUUGUUUUCAGUUCUUGUGAUUCCAUUUUAAGUAUUGCGUGAAUUUUUCGUUGGGGGGCAUCGGGAACAAAACAACAUGUCUGGAGUCAAGGAAACCCCUUGCAGGAAGUUUCAGGCGAACAUUUUUAACAAAAGCAAAUGUCAGAACUGCUUCAAGCCGCGGGAGCUUCACCUCUUGACCGAUCAAGAUUUGAAUCAGGCCAAACCUAUUUAUGGCGGCUGGCUGUGUCUGGCACCCGAGGGAACAGACUUCGACAAUCCGAUGCAGAGAUCAAGGAAGUGGCAGAGAAGAUUCUUCGUUCUCUAUGAACAUGGCUGCUUGCGAUUUGCUUUGGAUGAAUCGCCAAGUACUCUGCCACAGGGAACAGUGAACAUGAAUCAGUGCACCGAUGUCAUUGAUGCUGAGCCUAAGACUGGGCAAAAGAACGCACUGUGCAUCAUAACACCAGAACAGGAGUACUUCAUCCGCGGUGAAAACAAAGAGAUUAUCAACGGGUGGCACGAACAACUCAUUGUUUACCCAAAGACCAAUAAGCACAACCAGAAGAAGAAACGCAAAGUGGAGCACACAACUUCACAGGAGCCCGGCCCGGCAAAGGUGCCUGUGACAGGUUCUGGGAUUCCAGAUGCCGAGAAGGUCCCUGAUUCUCGGUCAGGCAUAUGGCAGGAAGAGCUCCACACCGGGGAGGCCGAAGCAGUGCAGGGCUGGCCGCCAUCCGACAGCGGCUCGCUCGGCCCCGCGCUGCCCCUGGGGGGAGAGGUGACUGCAGCAGAGCUCCACUCUGACCAUGGCUCUGUGAAUGGCGAUGAGGUGGACCGGGGUGGAAUCUCCUUCCACGCACCCCCAAGACACGACACGCAGGUUCUGUCCCCCACGGGCAGCACGUCCAGCAGGCACAGCGCCGAGCUCGGGGGCAUCCCCCGGUGCCCCUCCCCCGCGCAGAGCGACCCGUUCCCCUCCGGCAGCAGCCUGCUCUCCAACGGCUCCCACAUCAGCGGCUCCAUGAGCUCGCUGGACUCGGAUGCCAGCGGGAGCACGGUCACCAGCACGGACAGUCACCAUGGCGACCUGAGGGCACAGAGGACCUCAGCCCUGCUGGAGGCCUCUCGGUCCCGGAGGCAUGAGGCGGAGUCCCGAAAGACAGAGAAGCGCAGAGUGCGCAGCCCAGAACAGCCAGAAGGAGAGCCAGAGAAGAGCCGGUCCACCAUGAUCGAGAAGCUGGAAGCGCUGGAGCUGGAGAACGCGGAGAGGAUGGAGGUGGAGGAGGAAUCGGGCCGCAGCGCAGCCAGGCAGGGCAGGAGUGAGACCAGGCGGUGCCCAAGAGAGGAGCAAAAGAGAGACUCUACAAGAGGGCUUAAUUUCCAUCAUUCCACGAUUCCUCCACUGAGAAGAGCAAAAUCACUCGACAGAAGGACAACGGAAUCUGUAAUGACGCCUGACCUGCUCAACUUCAAGAAAGGCUGGAUGGUGAAGCUGGAUGACCAGGGCCAGUGGAAGAAGUACUGGUUUGUCCUGACUGACCACAGUCUACGAUACUAUAAGGAUUCCAUUGCUGAAGAGGCCUCUGACCUUGAUGGAGAAAUAGAUUUGACCACCUGCUACAGUGUCACGGAGUACCAGGUUCAGAGGAACUACGGCUUUCAGAUCCAUACUCAAGAAGCUGUGUACACACUGUCCGCUAUGACUGCAGGAAUAAGGCGAAACUGGAUCCAGGCAGUUAUGAAGAAUGUGCGCCCCUCCACUGCUCCAGAUGUGGCUAGCCUUCCUGAUGACUGUGGCUCCAUCACGCCCCUGGACUCACUGCUGAAGCCCGACGUCACGCAUGACUCCCCCUCCUCCGAGGCCUCAUCCGCGGAGAGGGACCCCGGGCAGAAAAGGAGCCGGGCCCGGGAGAGGAGACGAGAGGGGCGGUCCAAAACGUUCGACUGGGCCGAAUUCAGGCCCAUUGCUCAGGCCAUGGCGAAGCAGCGGACCUGCGGAGUGGACGCGUUGCAGUUGGACCCGACCGACUUGGAGCGGACGAAGAGGCGGGAGGAGCGCAGGAAGAGGUACGAGGUGGUGACCGGCACCCUGGAGCCCACGGCCGGCCCUGCCGCCGACCCCAGCCACAUGGACGUGGAGGGCUGUGGCGCCUCGUCCGCGCUGGAGAGGCAGCGGAAAGUGCAGGACGAGAUCGAGCAGCACUGGCAGCAGGUGGAGAAGACCCCCAUAAGGGAGGAGCGGCGCGUGCCACUGGCCUCUGCCUUGCAAGCUAAAGAGACAGCGGAGCUUGAGAGACUGCUGGACAGUUACAAGAAAGGGGUAGAAGAGCUGAGAGCUCAGCUGGAGAGCUGUCACCAGCAGCUGGCUGAUUCCCAUUACCGCAAGCUGGAACUGGAAGCCCAGCUGAGCUCAGCGCUGGAGCGCGAGCAGCACGUUCGCUCUGGUUACAUUUCGCCGCUGGAGUCCCCACUGGGUCUCGAGGCUGAGCUUGAGUCCCAGAAGAAGAGGCAAGAGCUGAUCAGUUCUCAAGCUCAAAACCUAAAAAAGAAGUACCAAGAAACCAAAGAGCUCCUGCAGCAGCAAGAGGUCAAAAAACGCAGCAUGCAAGCACAACUGGGUCUUUCUCUCUCAGAGCUGUCAGCACGAGAAUUGUCCCCUGCCAAAUCUCUGAAUACCUUCAUCUCUGAAACCCAGGGUAUCACAGAUGCGCCUGGGGAGCUGACACAGACAGCCAAGAGGUUGAGUAUAGUACUGCAAGACACCGAGGAGAAACUGGAGGAACUGCAGAGCCUGAUCUCAAGUUCCCCCCUGACUGUAAACGACCUUGUGCGGUUGUUAGCCACUUACAUGGGAGAUGAACACAGGACUCCUGGAAGUAAGACAUGCUGUCAAAAGCUGUACGACAGCCUGAAACAACAGCAGGACCUGGAACAUGAGGCCCUGAAACAGAAUCUGGCCAAGGCAGGGGAGAGCGUCAGAGAGUAUGAAGCGCGUCUGCAAAGCAUGGAGGGCAUGCUGGGAAGGGUGCAGAGGCAAAAGCUAGAUAAUCUGAAGAGCUGUGUGGCGCUCAGGCAGAUGGAAGAGCACGUGGAGCUAAGCGAGGCCACGGUCAAACGACUGGCCCAGGAGGUCGAGUUGUUAACUAACGAAAACGAGGUGCUGAAUCAGCGUUAUCAGGAAAUCGUGAAUCAGCUGACAGAAGCAGAUAGGGAGAUAGAGAGGCUAAAGAUAGAGCUUUUUAAUCAGCAGGGAGGACAGCAGUACCUGCAGGUGGUUGAAGAACUAAACAAGCUGAAGACAAAGCUGGCAGAGAAGGAAGCAGACUUUAUAGAUAAGGAUUUCUAUGAGCAGGAGCUGAGCAAGAAAUCCCAGAAGCUGCAGGAUGCCUUGAUGAAGUUAGAAGUGUUGGGGAGCAGCCUGAAGGAAACGGAGAAGAAGCUGCAUCUGAAGGAGGCUACUCUGAAGGGCCUGGGCUUCCAGAUGACUGAAGACAAUGAUGCACAGCUACUUAUAGAGGAAAAGGAAUGUCUUCUCAAACAGCUGGCAGGUGCCGAGGCCAGGAUCGCAGAUCAGGAGAAGCAGCUCGAGGUCUUAGAACAGUCCCGAGAGGAAUUUGAGUCCCAGUAUAGGGAGCUCAAAUUCAAAAGGGCAGAGUCGGAAAGCAUGUACAGCCAAAAGCUUUUAGAGGCAGAAGGUAAGAUUAGAGAGCUAGAGGAGGAGAUUGAGGGCUUGAGGAGGUCAGUGAGUGGGCAUGGUUGCACAGAAAAGAAAGAAGGUCUUGCAAGUAGUGUAACGGAUGAAGAGCGGAUUGAGCAAGUAGUGGAAAAGAUUAAGCUAAAGUCGGCAGCCCUUAGUAAAGUGUCCGAAGUGUUAGAGAAGGUGGAUAUUCGGGUGGGAAAGGUGGUGAGUGAAUUGAAGAGAUACGUACAGAGUAGCAGCUCCAGUUUAGAGCUAUCAGAGAAAGAGAGUCCAGAAGAACAUCAGUUAGUUCUGAGAAAAUUACUGUUAGAAGGGGAAUUUUGGGGAAAUAUGUUGAACAACCUGGAGGAACUGAAAGCAAACGAGCUUACUGGUAGUUUCUUAUGUGAAAUGGCAGAGAACGCAUUCGUGGAAAAGAAAAUGUUGCUUUUAGCACACGGUCUCAUCCAUCUGUCUGGGGCACAGCAGCCUGAGAUGGGCUUGGAACUUGUUAACGAUCUUAACAGAGCUUCUGCAGUAGACGAGGUAGGGAAGAAACAGAAAGGAAAUCAUGGGAAGGAGGAAACCAUGCACAAUUAUCAGGGAGACACGGAAGUGAAAAAUAAGGAAGACCUUUUAAAUUUGUAUAAUUGGCUUGAUAAUGACACGGAUAACGUAGUAAGGAAGGGUCUUAUCCAGAUUCUGCAGAGAAAAGUUUCUCUGUUGACCCACAUUGCCUCCGCCAUUCAGUCCUCUUCAGAUGACGAGCUCGUGGCUCUGGGUUUGAGACUGUUUGAUGGCUUAGACUUCAGAAGCCAAAAGGAGCCUUGGCUGGCCAGUCUGCAGGAUGCUGUCUUGCAGGCCCAAUUGUCCUAUCUAAUCUGUAGGUUAGAUGUUCAGCAUGACAAGGAACUUUCCAAGUUAAAAGAAACUGAGCCAGGAGCUGGGAGAACGAAUGAAACAGACUGCAAAAACUGUGCUGAAAUAAAAAGGCAAAAUGAGGACUUCAAGAUUAAAGUAGACACCCUGCACAAGGAGAUUGCAGACCUGAGAAGCCCAAUGGGUGUGGAGAACAUGCCAGUGACACGCAUCCAGAUUGAGGGCGAGCCUAUCGAUUCUCUUGACAAGGCCAUACAGCUGCAGGACAUGGCAGCCAAACACAAGCGAGAACUCCGCGAAGUCAAGGACGCCUACGAGCUGGAAGCAGAGAAGCUCCGGCAGGAGAUCGGGAAAGCAGGAGAAAUCCUAAGGCUGAAAUCGGAGGAGAACGUCAAGGAGAUCGACUCCUUGACCGUCUGCAUGGAGAACCUGAAAACGAAGCAUGAGACAGAGCUGAAGAGGCAGCAGGAGAAGAGCUUGGCCGACAGGCAUAGCCUGGAACAGCGGUUUGAGAACGAGAUGGAGAAGCUGAAGGCGGAGCUGCACGGCAGUGGCGGUGCUGAAGAGAACAAGCCCCGCUCCAUGCUGCUUCUGAAGGAACGGAUCCAGGAGCUUGAGUCUCAGGUUACCGCCAUGAAGGCCGAAAUGGAGGACCGCAAACGUGAAGGAGACGUGUCAUCUCUUCAGCAGAAAUACGAGAAAGAUCUGGAAAACCUGAAGGCCACGUGUGAGCGGGGCUUCGCCGCCAUGGAGGAGUCCCACCAGAAGGUGAUUGAAGAGCUGCAGAGGAAGCACCAGCGCGAGCUGGAGAAUCUGAAGGAGGAGAAGGAGAGGCUGCUGGCAGAGGAGACGGCCGCCACAAUUGCCGCAAUCGAAGCAAUGAAAAACGCACACCGCACUGAGCUUGAAAGAGAGUUAGAUAAAGCACGUAAAGCCAACAGCAACACAGAAAAUGCCGACAUCGAAGAGAUCCGCCUACAGCACGAGGAGGAGUUGGCAUCUUUCCAGCGAGAGAUUGAGGUCCUGUCAGAGCAGUAUUCCCAGAAGUGCCUGGAGAAUGCCCAUCUUGCCCAGGCCUUAGAGGCCGAGCGCCAGGCCCUGAGACAGUGCCAGCGGGAGAACCAGGAGCUAAACGCACACAAUCAGGAGCUGAAUAAUCGCCUGGCAGCGGAGAUAACCAAGCUGAGGUCAAUGGUGACCAGUGAGGACGGCGGCGACAGCUGUACGCUUAUACACGGCAAGGAGGUGUACGAGCUGGAGGUCAUGCUGCGGGUAAAGGAAUCUGAAGUCCAAUACCUGAAGCAGGAGAUCAACUCCCUCAAGGAUGAGCUACAGACAGCACAGAGAGAUAAGAAGUACGCCACCGAUAAGUACAAAGACAUCUACACGGAGCUCAGUAUUGUGAAGGCCAAGGCGGAGAGGGACAUCGGGCGGCUCCGGGACCAGCUACAACAGGCCCACGAGGCCCUGGGCGAGCCCUCCUUGGAGGACACGGAGCGCAGUGGCUAUGAUAUCAUGAAGUCAAAAAGUAACCCGGACAUUCUCAAGAUGGCUGCCGCAGCUGCUAAGCGGUCAGAACGGACACUGAGGUCAAAGUCUGUGAGUCGUGACAUGCCCUGGGAUAGCUAAAGCCGCCUGAAGACCCUAAUGACACCUUCUUUAGGAAACAUGAGAAAAGAGGGAGAGAAAAGGUAAGGUCCUGCUGUUCUACCACAAAUAAGCCAGGCCGACAUGUUAUUUGUUGUUAAAAGUCAAAGAAGCCAAAAAUAUUUUGAAAGGAGGGGCUAAAAAAGUAACCUAGUUAAUCAGACAUGAUAAAAAUUGAAUAAUCUUUGUUGACUGUUGAGAAAUUGCUCCUGAUGUGCAUUCAUAAAUCAUCCCACCUCAGCCAAAGUUUUUUUUUUUUUGCUGAAACACUGCUGCUCAUUUGAUUACGACGCAGGAAAUUAGCAGAGAACAUGUUCUCCAGCUCCAGCUGGCUGUAGGAAAAGCAUGUGCUUGCUGUUCUUGCUAGGCGUCCUCUACGUUUCAGGGUAGAGCACGCCUCUGCUCUGAUUUUUUUUUUGUUUGCAGUGCUGUCCCUCUUUUCACCAAGACCUGAUGUGGUGAAAUGCUGGCAGCCACUCAGUCUUGUGAAUAGUCUCUUCUAUAGCUGAGCAAGUAUUUAUAUGUGUGGUGUGCGCAGCUCCUUUUAUUCCACAGGUAUGGAAGCAAUUAGACAAAGCGCUUACGGAAGCAUUCUUCCAUGUGCCAGCUAGCCUCCAGAUUUCCCUGGGUAACUGUGGUGUGCAUGAUUCCAUCCACUUCAAAGAUGCUAGGAUCAUGUGCAAAUCAGUUGUUUCCAUCAAUAAAGAAGAGAACAUCAAAUCAGAAGCAAUAUUACAACUGAGCCAUUUCCUUAUUCCAUUGUAUAGUGUAAAGUUCCAAAGGCAGUAAUACUCGCAGAUAGAAGGCAGCUCCUGUAUGCAUGAUAGUAGACCCACAUGAAUCGUGCAGUGAUUUUAAUGGGAUUGCCUACUGCAGAACACCAGUAUGUACUGCAGAAUUGGUAGAGUUGGAACUGAUUUUAGAGGUUAUAGUGAAAAGCAAAUUAAUGUCUAAAUUGUAGCAUACAAGCAUGUGAAAAACAAAAUAUUUCAAACUGGCUGCUAUUUAUGUCUUAAUGCUAAUACAUUGUUAGAAUGACAUGGCUUCCAAAACCUGUUUUAAAAAAAUAAUUUUGUUUUUUGCAAUAUACUACCCAUUAGUUAAUAAAUAACAUUUAUUAAAUAUAGCUCAGUUAGAAUUUCCAACUCUUAUUGUACUAAAAAAGACUCGAGUAUAAUUAUUGAGCAUGCUUCACAUUAUUCUUAGUUUUUAUUUUGCUGUUCAAAAGUAGGCAGGUGAUUAUUUUAAGAAUGAUAUUCACUCCAACCACAACUUGUCUCCAGAGUGUCUACUUUUACACAGGCCUCCUCAGAAGAUUGUUGCACAAUUCUAACCCUGUCUACUCAGAACAAAGGGUUGUUCUCUGAUUCACAUACAGCUAUGAAUUCUGCAGUUUGCAUUACACUUAUACCGGCUGCCUACAACAGAGGCUGUGUAUUCUGUGCCCCUUUGUCCUUCUCUCCAAAAUCACUACUGAACAAAAGUAGUGCCCUUGCAUAGAACAGAAAACAAUGUUAGAUUUGGAAUCUGUGACCAUCACAGGUGAUAUGUACAGGUCCUGGCUGUUAGCCCCCGGCAGACCAGGGUUAAGAAACACUGCUUUGGCACAACCAACAGAGAACUGGUCCUUCAUUUAAAACACAAUGGCAGAUCACUGACAAGCUGCUUUUUUUUCCUUUUUUUUUC